CCAUUUCUUAAUCACGUAUAAGUGCAAUAGCUGACGAUCCAUGGCUGUGUAUGAGUAACAAAUAGCUAAUCUACGAUUUGUGUGAACUAGUUUCACUCAAAUACUAUCAGAGAAGUAACAUCCAUUCAAAAGCAGACCCGGAUCGGAAACACAGAAUAUUCGAGAAGAAUCGAAUCUGCCAUUCGGACGAUAAAUAUCUACGUACGUGCGCUUAAUUGACAAACCUGCACAUUUGUGCAGGUUUGAUAUUUAGAUACGCACAAUUUUAAUUCAACAUUGGAAAAUGCAUCUACGUUUUGGAAAUGACAAAUCCUGGAAAUCAAUGAUUUCGGCUCGCUGGUUGUCUGAGCUAUCCAUGCUCAUUUUAUGUUGUACACCAUCACUUACCGAAGGAAGAUCGGUGAAAAAUCCUCGCAACGUCUCGUAUUCAACUAUAGCUCGAUCCGAUCGAGGUGAAGUUUCUGAAUCCCAAUUAUAUCAUAUCCCAGCUAAUCACCAGGAUGAGUGUUCAACACCUGAAUGUAUACAUACAGCUUCCAUGAUCCUGAGGAAUAUGGAUUCCAACGUUGACCCUUGCGAUGACUUUUAUCGAUAUGCUUGCGGUGGUUAUAUCAAUAAGACAGUUCUUCCCGAUGGUGUAAGCGAAAUAGAGCCCACUCUUCUUAUGUAUGCGAAAUUGCAUGAGCAAAUAAAAGCGAUGAUCGAAACAACAGUUCAGCCGAAUGAACCGCGACAUUUUAGAUUGGUGAAAGAUCUCUACAAGAUUUGCGUGAAUACAACCGCUAUAGAGGCAGCAGGACUCGGAGCCCUUCACGACCAAUUGAAGAAACUAGGUGGGUGGCCAGUUCUCGUUGGAGAUGCAUGGAAAGAAAAUGAAUUCAAUUGGCAAAGCACAAUUUACAAAUUUCGAAAAUUCGGUUAUCCUUAUGAUGUCCUAAUUGGUUUCGGCAUCGUACUAGAUUGGGAAAAUGGCACCAAACGCAUGAUCGAGAUUGAUGAAGGAACUACCAGACUUCCACGUACUUAUCUGUUGGAGGGCUUAAAAAAUGAAAUUGUUGUUUCGUAUUACAAGUAUAUGGUUGACGUAGCUGUGUUGCUCGGGGCUAAUCGACGUCGCGCUCGAAUAGAACUGAUAGAAUCUUUGCUUUUUGAAAUGCAGCUAGCAGACAUUAGCUCCAGAAAUUACCACAAGCAACUAUACAAUCCAAUGACGCUCAAGGCAUUGUCGAAUAUCCACCCUCGUAUACCGUGGAAAGAAUACAUCACCAACUUAUUGCCUUCAUCAAUCACCGUCAAGGAAGACGAAGUAUUUAUCGUACGCAUAUCGAGUUAUAUUACUAAACUGGAAAAACUACUGUCGGAGACUCCAAAAAGGAUACAAGCUAAUUAUUUAAUAUGGAUCGCCGUAACGGAGUCGAUAACUUAUCUAAAUGAUGCCAUAAGGAAUAGGAAACAGCAGUUCCCAGAUUUGACUGUGAAAAAUACCAAAUUGCCAAAAAAUAUGGCAAGGUCAACCGAAUGCACCAAAACUGUUUUUGAGUUCUUUCCAAUUAUUACGAGUGCUAUGUACGUUCGAAAAUACUUCAACGCUGAAACGAAAAAAUCUGCUGCGGAGUUAAUAAUGGAUAUCAGAGAGCAAUUCAAGAUUGUUUUGAAAAAAGUCGAUUGGAUGGAUGUAAAGACACGAGAAAAGGCGUUAGAAAAAGCUACAGCGAUGGUCAGUCACGUCGCCUAUCCUGAAGAACUGUUGGACGAUGAGGUGCUCGAGAAGCUUUACGAAAAACUCGAUUUGUUCGAGAACAAUUAUCUCGGCACUGCACUCAACUUGAAAUUAUUCCAUACUGACUCGCUGUGGAAAAAAUUUCGCGAACCCGUCAAUAAAUCUAAUUGGAUGAAUCAUGGAGUGUCUGCCGUGAUAAAUGCAUUUUAUACUACAGACGAGAAUAGUAUUGAAUUUCCUGCGGGUGUUCUACAAGGAGUUUUCUUUCACAAAGACCGACCGAAAUAUAUCAAUUAUGGUUCAACUGGAUUUAUUGUUGGUCACGAAAUAACACACGCAUUCGAUAAUGAAGGCAAGCGAUUCGAUAAAAAUGGCAAUAUGGUCAAUUGGUGGGUUUCGUCUACGGAACGAAAUUACAAUCGACGUGUAGAGUGUAUAAUGAACCAGUAUGGAAACUAUCACGUUCCGGAAGUCAACCUAAAUCUGGAUGCUUACAAUACGCGAGAUGAAAAUGUGGCCGACGUAGGGGGCAUCAAAAUUGCAUAUUUAGCAUAUAAAAGUUGGGUGAAAAGGAAUAAACCUGAGAAUAAAUUACCCGGAAUUAAUCGGAGUCCGGAGCAAAUGUUUUGGAUAGGCGCGGCUAAUGUCUGGUGUUCAAAAAUAACACGUGAAGCUCUCCUUGAGGGUAUUAUCUCAGAACCGCACAGUCCCAAUGAGUUUCGAGUUCGUGGAUCCUUUUCGAAUAUGCCAGAAUUCGCUAAGGAUUUCAAUUGCCCAGAAGGCUCCGCAAUGAAUCCCAAAAAAAAGUGUUCAAUUUGGUAAAUUCUAUACGUGUUCUGAACCGUCUAUCAAGCAUAUCUAACUUUACAUUUUUUUUAUUUAUCCUAAAUCGAACAUAUUUAUGUCGAGGUGGACAAGUAAAUGCGACAACACCAACCUCAUAACGCAUUACCAAACAUAAAUAUUCGCUCUUUAUCACCGUUUAAUCGUAAUUUAUGAUAUAAGUAAUCGUUUUGAAAAACACCUUUUUUCAAGAUUGUAUUCCUGGAACAGAUUUUUUUUUAUUCGUCACCGAAUUCUCACCUAAAUAAAAAAUGUAAUGAAAAUUCCAUUAAAAAAAAAUGUGAAACCAACUGUGAAU